GGACGCGGUAACGAUAUCACGUCUGUUUUGAUUGCUCUGCUAUAUUUAAUUCGAAUCUUAAUCAUAUUGCAAUUUUAAGAUAAUUUUAAACUGUAAUAUUAUUCCAAUACUAAUAACUAAUUGAAAUUGUGAACUUUAAACUGUGUGAUGCACGGAUAAAUAUCAUUUUGGACGAAAGUGUUAUUAAAAGUGAACGUUAUAAAUAAAUUGAAUCAGCUUUGUGAGUGACAGUGAACUGUGCGUUGAACUAAUAAGUUAUUGACCUUUCAAUAGUUCAUUAGCCGCUAUAGGAUUGCAAGUGCAAGAGAUUACAUAUUUCGACAAACCUAAACAUCAGUUAUUGGCAUAGUGGUCUGACUGAUACUUUCAGUGCAUUUGGUGGCCCUGGUUCAAAUCCCACCGAAGCCAAAUUUGUUUUUUCUUUAAUUUCUUCAUCUUGUCAUAAUAAAAUGUCUUCUAACAGUAUUAUAUGUAAUGGAUGCCAAACUACUAUUCGAGAUAGAAGAUAUUUGUUGUGCGGUGGUUGUAAUGGGUAUUAUGAUUUAAUUUGCGCUAACGUUUCUGAGCAGCGCUUUUAUAAUACCCUCACAAAGGAGCACAGGGACGCUUGGAGAUGUGUGGAAUGUAUUAGCAAGAAGCCCAAAAGAGAUAACACCAAUACACCCGUUCGUGUUGCUGUAGAUAGUAUUACAAUGCAGCGUGGAGCAGCAGUAAAAAGUCCUAUGGAGCUCGAUAUGUCUAUAGUGGAGCAGCCUCUGUCACUCACAUCGAAUCUUAAUGACACUGCCAAUAAUGUGACAGUGGAAAUGACAGAUUACCAGUCACUUGUUAUUGAAAUGCGAUCGUUUAAAGAGGAACUGAGGGAGGAUAUGAGAGUCAACCGCGAACAACUUAAAGUUAUGACAGAUACCUUGUCUGCGCUCAUAGGCAGGGUAGCUGAAUGUGAAAACCGCAUUGAUAAACUCAAUGACCGUUUGGUUCUAUUAGAGUGCAACACAAACACAGAUAAUGAACCUGGCAACAAAUCCCUAGCAGAGUCCAUUAAGCAGUUAAAGGCUGAAAUAAAUGAAAGGGACCAAGACCUUUUACUGAAUGACUUGGAUAUAUCUUGUGUUCCGGAGACCGGUGGCGAAAGCCUGCCACAUAUCUUAAAAACUUUGGCUAGUAAGCUGGGAGUUACUAUAAGCGAUCAAGAUGUCAUCAGUACGGAGCGCGUGGGCCGCGUGUUGGAGUUUCAGCAGUCAGACGCGUCGAAACCGACCCAAGAGACCUCUACUCGCCCUCGUACCAUUGUGGUGCGGUUGGCACGGCGUGCAGUACGGGAUGAGCUGUUGAGAGCUGCUCGAGUGCGCCGUGGUGCAACUACUGAGGGGUUGCACCUCCCAGGGGUUCCGAGACGGUUUUACAUAAACGAGAGAUUGACUAGAGUUAACAGGAUGUUGUUUCGACGAGCGCGUGAAUUAGCGGAGCGGCUUAACUGGCGCUACGUGUGGACGAGAGGUGGUCGAAUAUUUGCACGUCAAUUCCAUGGCCAUGACUGUCCGCGAUUCCGCCUAAAAACGGAGGAGGAUCUCGAACGCAUUUUUGGUCCAGAUCCAUUUCGUUCUUCAGCCAUUAACUAAGUUAAAGAGUGGAUAUGUUUCCAGUGACGUAUCUGGCG